AUGUCUGUGGAAAAACCAUCAUCGUCACCGCCGGAGACGAUAGUAGAGAGUGAAGCGGCCGUGGUGCAAGCCCCGCCAGUUGGCAUCCCCCGGUCUUGGAGUAUGGGCAGUUAUCCCAAGCUGUCGGAUCUGAUGGGCACCUGGCCAGAAGUGGCGAUCUUUCGUCGCUUCGGUUCACUGAACGCUCAGAAUCUUUUGUUCUUGCAGGCCGAGAUCACUCAUCUUGAGACAGAACUGAGAGAUCUACGGAAUGAUGAGGAACAGAGGCAGGACCUCAAAGGCAUCGAAGCGCAACGAAACUGGUAUAAGUUGAGCCAGGGUCUGGAGGACGACGACGAGCCCUCUGAGCAAUGGGACAUCAUCCAGAAAAUCCGCGUCAAGUUGAGGGAAUACAACGAGUCGCUCCUCCAGUACAAGGAACUGUGCACAUUGCAGAAUCCCACCAAGCACGAUCUGAAAACGCUGCGAGUGUGGCUCGAGCACCGCGACCAUGGCGACAACUUUCUUGGUGGCGUCGAACGCGAUAUUUUCCACAUUGACGAUCCUGACGACCCCAGCUGCGACGAUAGGUCCUCCGAUCUUGUCACUGUCUCACAUGAAGCCGUCGAGAAGGACUUCUUCUCCCGAUGGGUGUCGGAUGAACUUGUCGGGCGAUUUCACAACUUGAUAGGACAUCGAUGGAAGCGACCUGUCGACCCCGACUGUGGCAUUUACAAUUACCGCAAAACCCAUGUCCGCGCCCUGUCGCAUCUGGUAGGGGUUGUGCUUGCCUCGGCCAUCCCCGCGGCCUCGAUCUUCACCCUUUACUUUGUCAACAACAUGGUGGACCGGCUCGGGGUCCUUCUGGCCUACUCGGCCCUGUUCUCCAUCUGCCUGGCUAUUUUCACCACGGCACGGAGAGUUGAGAUCUUUGCGGCGACUGCUGCGUAUGUCACAUUCCUCUCAGUCCUUGCUCUGUCUUGGAAUCUGGAAUCUCAUUGA